GAUACGCAGGUUGGUUAAAACCUGACAAAAGAACAAAAAGAAAACAGCCUUCAUUCCUUUCACUGCAUUUGAUCUGACAGCAAUGGAAACUUCAGUGAGAAUCUAUGUUGCACUUUUUGCUCUUGCAGCCUCAACAGUUCAAUCUGCACCAGCUCAAGAAUAUUUCAGCCAACAUCAUAAAGAUACACAAGGACAAGAAAAUGAAAAGCAGACAUACACCAUGCUGACGUCUCAUAACACCUCAACAGGAUUAAACAUUUCGACUGGGCAACUGAUCGGCAUCAUUGUCGGCAUCAUCGUUGUUUUUCUCAUAUUCACCGUUCCUUGUGCUGUUAUGGCAGGUCUCAGUCGUUCUUGGGCAGCAUUUUGUGAUUGUUAUUGUAACUGUUGCCAGUUAUGCUUUCAUAUUGUCCUUGCUAUAGCUGAGUGCGCUGACACUGCAUUGUGACUCGGCGCCUUGAGUUUCUCUGGGCUUCAGCAGCUCAGCACCUCCAGGGAGAAACUCUGCUGCACUCAGCCAGACUCAUUUAAAACCUAUGGAGUAUUUUAAUGCACAUGGCUUGUGUCACAGCAUUAUGGGAUGCCCACAUUGUUUUGUUUAAAGUGUUUUCAGCUUUUACAUUCAUUUCAUAGUUAAACAGAGACGGUACUGGAUGAUAAAGCUCCUGGUCUAUCCUGGUCUGGUCUAAUCUAUUUGGUUGAAACAAUUAUGUUGAAUAUCAUUUAGUGGUCAAAUAAAUGUAUGAUAUAAAAUAUCACACUUAUGAAAGAGUAGGAUGCUUGCUUUGUUUCUUGUAAAUAUUUGUUGGUCAUCUUGUAAUUGUUCAUAAAUGAAGUGUAUUUCUUCACUAAUUUGGUUAAUAUUUUCUCAGGAUUUGUUUUUUUCUGUGUUGAUUUGAGUUUUCUGUGUGUUUAAUUUUGGGUUUCUGUGUUUUGAGUCUCUGUGUUGUCCUGUCUACCCCUUGAUUGUUCCCAGGUGUGUCUCGUUCUGUGAUUACCCUCUGUGUAUUUAAUGUCACCUGUGUCUCUGUGUCGGGUCCUUGUCGUACCCGUCUGUCAGUUCUGUCGUGUUGCAUCUGAUGUCACCAGUUGCUACCAGUUUUGAGCCUUAGUUUUUGCUGAUCUGUGCUGCCUGGACUUCUGGAUUAUUUGUGCCUUUUUCUCCAUUAAAUCAUCUUCAUUUCACCUCCACCUGGGUCCUCUGCGUUUUCCUCACCACCUCUACAACCGCACUUCAUGACGUAUUUAUUGUCAUUUAUACUACCAUGUAUACAGUCCUAUUGAAAACAUAAUUUUAAUACCAACCUAUUUAUCUCAAUAAAUUAUGUACAGUUGUAAAUUGCAGCUGGAAUUCAUUUGAAAAAAUAAAAUAUGGCACAAGCCUCAAAAUUCAUAUUUAAUUGCAAUAAACCUUUUCUACAACAUGUUUCCAUAUUCAGGAUGGCUGUAAUAUAUCAGCUCCUCCAGUCAAAUUGACCUUAUUUUCAAAAUAAAGUCUGUAAAAGGUGACUGGUUGUGCUCCAGCUAUUGUAGCUUGGAGGUCACCUGACACUCGGAUGCAGAAAAUUGUGUUUAUUGUCUAAUAAUAAAUACAACUCUAAACAAACAAUUCUAAUCACUUGGUUGUUUGCAGUCCAUCCAGGAGAUACAUAUAAGUCGUCCAUAUUUGGAAAGAUGAACGACCCAAAAAAGCAUCUCUGUGUGCCACAUUUAAAGGUCACAUCACAUAAAUAACAGACUUCAGAGUUUCCACAUGGUUCUGUUGAGUGGCAAAACGUCCAUCAGAGCAGGUUGACUUAAUUAAUGUUUUACUUUUAGACUGAGUGUAUUUAACAAAGUAAUGUGAGAUCUGGGGCUGCAUUUGUACAUAAACACUGAAACAGGAAGUUGUGGCUGCAGUGACAACAUUGGUGCAGUCAGUAUUCAGACCACCGAUCAGUCACUGUGCAGUAUGGAGGUCACAACACUGUGCGCUAUUUUUGUUUCUUUUCAGGUCCUUCCGAACAGAUCGCAGUUCUUCCAGUAUGAAUCUGUCGCCUUCAGCCUGAACUGUGACCAGCAGGAAGACGCUGCUGCAUGGAGAAUAAAAAGGAACACAUCCAAACAAAUCAAUUCACUUUGUCCUUCAUAUUCAACUGGAACGACUGGAUCUUCAUGCUUUCUAAGUGAGCUUUAUGAAAUGGACUCUGGAGUGUACUGGUGUGAAUCUGAGGCUGGGAAGAUCAGCAACACCAUCAACAUCACUGUUACUGACGGUGAGUUGAUCCUGGAGAUCUCAGCUCUUCCAGUGAUGGAAGGAGACGAUGUGGUUCUGCGAUGUAGAACGAGGAGAACACUAUCUGGAAAUAUUUCAUCUACGUUUUAUAAAGACGAUCUUUUCAUUGGGAACAGUGUGAGAGGAAACAUAACUCUACAGAGGGUUUCUAAAUCCGACGAAGGACUCUACAAGUGCCACAUAUCUGGAGUUGGAGAAUCACCAGACAGUUUUCUGACUGUCAGAGCAGGAUUUCCUGAAUCGCCGCCUUUACAUGGAAACAUUGUACUUCCUGUGAUGGUUACUGGAGUUUCAUUUUUUCUAGUGACGUUGUUCUGCCUGUGGAAAAACCAUCCAGACAAUUUUGACUCUUCCAUCGUGUUGUAUACUGGAGCAAUCAACAGACAAACACAAAGAGCAAAAGAUGCUGUCCAGAGGGGGCGCUGCUCUGCGUUGUCCACUGUGGUGGUGUACAGGCCGGCCCUCGGACCGGCCCUCGGACCGGCCCUCAGACCGGCCCUCGGACCGGCAAGAGUUCGGACUUAUAAAGCCUACAGAGAGUACAGGAACAAACAACUAAUAUUUUCAUCGCUACAUAAUAAAAGUGUAACCCACUCACCUGCCAACGACUAUAAUUAAUACAAAAGUUUAAAGACAUAAGCAGUUUGUUUCAAGUUUGAACACUUUUGAUGGUAUAACUACGAUGUUCUUGUUCAAAGUUCUGCAUGAUUUACUGACAAUAAGUUUAUUUAUACAAGAAACUGACAACUGAAUCAUUGUUCAAACAUCCUUCACCUAGAGAUCAAUAUUUUUGUUGAAAAAUUGUAAAUAUAUGUUUUUAUUGUAAAAUUGAGUUUUUUUUUUUUACUUUAGCAGAAAAUGUUCUGGGUUCAUGUACUAAAUCACACCACUAUAUCAAUAUAAAUAUGAAUACAACCCACUAUGGUCAUAAUCUUUUAUCUAGUCCUUUGUGCUGCUUGGCUGACCUGAAAGUUUCAUAAUUAUUGACAUUAAUUAUCGUUAAUGUCCGGAUUCCUGCAGCAAUAGUUGGGAAAUAUGGACGUCUAUUGAAAGACCAUAAUUGAAAAGUCACUUUAUCUUCUCUGCAGUGAGACGGAACAAAAUGUGAUAUUUAGCUUUUUUCAUGACUGUGUCAGUUUAUCAGAAGCCAGUGGUCACCAUGUUG